AUAAAUUCAAAAAAAAUAAAGGAAGAUUAAAUCGAUUCUAUAAACAUACGUACAAGACGACUGACAAUAUUUUAGUAUUCCUAAUGAAGAAAUGCAUAAUUAACCGACAAUAAAAUCUGAAGAGAAAUGUUUAACACAAGAGAUUCAUUAUUUAACAGUAAUAGUAAUCAAGCAAUAUAUGAUAAAACAAAGAAUAUUCAACUUGACAAUAAUGAUGUAUAUUGUCUGAAUAUUACAGAACGACCAUUACAUACCCAUAAACUAUCAAGCCAGCAAAAAAAAUCAAAUAAAAUGACGUUUAAUAAGAAAGAAACGAAAAGAAAUCUAUCUUCAAAGGUUAAAAGAAGUUUAGAACGUAAAGUAACCUCAAGAGAGAAACUGAAAAAACCCAAUGGAAACAGACAAGGAAAAUAUACAUUUAAAAUGAAAGCACAAUAUCUUGGUAAAACUAAUACACCUAGUCAACAAGUAAAAAUACAAAGAAAAUCUUUUAAAACAAAGAAACAAAUGAAAAUGAAGAGAAGUUUGAAACCAUUGAAUAAAAAUGAACACAGUAAAACAAAAGGAAGGUAUUCCACCUAUUCAAAUCAGUUUAAAAUAUCACAAAAUUCUGCUUUGAAACCAUUAUCUGAACUAAUGAAGUCUACACAAAAGUCAUCCUCCAUAAUACAUCAUAAUCGAAUUAUGAGAAGAAAACUGAUGAACACAGUGAAACCACACAAUCCUUUAUUAUGUAAGGGUAGCCCUCCAGUUUCAAAGAUAUGGUCAGGUCGAUUAAGACCAAGACCAUUGAAAUCUGCACGAUUUAGUUGUUAUCGUGAAGUAUGCUUCAAUCGAAUACAACAGAAUCCAUAUGAAGAUUAUGUAAUUAUUCAGACACCUAUGAAACGAACUUCAUUAAUCAAUAAAUCGAAACAGAUCAAGAAAAGUCAGAAGAACAAGAAGAAAAGGAGUAAUAUAAAAGAUUUGAAAAAUUGUAAUGAGGUAAAUACUAUUGAAGAUAAUGUUGAAAAUGAUACAUGGUAUGAUGCUAUGGAAACGGAUAAUUUAAACAAUGGAGGCCUUUUAAAUCUUGAUCUCUUACCAAAUCAAUUAAUAUCAUUGAAUAAUUCAUUACUGCCUUAUGGUAACAAUGAUGAUAAUAAUAGUCAUAAUUUCAACGACAAUAAGCUUGAACCGAUUAGACAAUUUAUGGAUUUGUACUAAAGAAAAUUUCUUAUUUCAUGAACGAUAAAAACGUAUUUUGUAAAGUAUUAAGAUGUAUAUGUGGUACAUUCCACAGAUGUAUACAUUAUUGAACAAAUAAAUGAGGUACUCUUUUGAAA